CCUGUUCGCAUUGCUUGUUCUCCAGAAGUGGAGAGGUUCAGGGAUCUUGCCUUCAUUUUUUCAUUUUUAAAUUUUACUGUUACAAAAUUUUGAUUUCGUCAUUUUCGUUUGGCUCAGAACCUGAUGGCCCAAGGAAUGGACGGCCGAAACGUUCACUUCAUCAUCAUCUUCCAACGAGGCCCAACACGCAACAACUCGACCAGAGGAAGUCGUAAGGUACUGAAGUAACAGAGACAGAACAGCCAUUGCAAACGAACGAGUAAAGUGAAGGCAUAGAAGAAGAAGAAAGUCAAGAUGACAAUGUCAGAAGCAGACAAACUGGCUGAAGAGGCCGAAGAGCUCGAUGGUUACUUUUCGGAUGCUCCCUUGGACCCCAAGCCCAACUAUCCGCCGUUGCACGAGACGUUUGAGGAUUCCGUGGUCAUUACCAACUUGCCCAAAGUCCCCGAAGCCAAAGUGGAGAAACUGACCAAGGUGGUCCUCAAGUUGGUCCGUCGUAUUGGUUCCUUGGCCGAAAAUGCCGACAUUGACUUUUCGGGUUUACACAUGCCGUAUGACAAGGAAAAGGGCUCCACCUUGGGCUUUUGUUUGGUCGAGUACGAAACCCCGGAAGAAGCCAAAAAUGCAGUCGAAGUCUUGGAAGGAUACAAGUUUGACAAGAACCACGAACUCAGUGUCUGUUUGUACACGCGUGCUCUCAAAUUGCGUCGUUUAAAGACGGAAGAAUACCAGGAAGCACAAAUGCCCGAGUUUGUGGAAAAACCAAAUGCCAUGGAAUGGCUCGAAGAUCCCAAUCAACGAGAUCAAUUCAUCCUUCGACAUGGAAGAGAAACCGUCGUACAUUGGUUUGAUGCUCGCAAUGAUCCUGUCAUUGAUUACGAUGGCGCUCGCGAAAAGGACGCCGGUGUGGCAUGGUGUGAGUACUAUUGUCACUGGUCUCCCAAGGGAUCCUAUCUUGCCACAUUGGUGCCCUCCAAGGGAGUCAUCUUGUGGAGUGGCAAGAACUACGACAAGGCAGGACGAUUUGUAGCACCCGAUGUCAAACUGGUACUCUUUAGUCCACAUGAAACCUAUCUCCUCACCAACAAUGAACGACGCGAGGAUCCGGCUGCCAUCAAGAUUUACAACGUUGCCACGGGACUCUUGCUACGAACGUUUCCCUUGUAUCCCGACAACUUUCCACAAGAUGGACCGCCACCACCCUUUUUGUGGUCCCACGAUGACAAGUACUUGGCACGCAUGGGCAACGGACUCAUUAGUAUCUUUGAAACGCCCACCAUGAGGUUGCUCGACAAAAAGUCACUUUUGGCACCGGAUAUUCAUGAAUUCCAUUGGUCGCCCAAAGCCAAUGUUCUGGCGUACUGGGCCCCCGAACGUGGGAACUCUCCUGCUCACGUCGACUUGAUUGAAGUCCCCAGUCGAAAGAAACUUCGACAAAAGAAUCUAUUCAAUGUCGCAAAGUGUAACAUGGUAUGGCAAAAUGAAGGAGAAUACCUCGCAGUCAAGGUCACCAGACACACCAAAUCCAAAAAGACACUCUACAACAACAUUGAACUCUUCCGGCUCAAUGAGAGUGGAAUCCCCGUGGAAAUGCUCGACAUUAAGGAUGCCGUCAUGGCGCUGGCAUUUGAGCCACGCGGAUCGAGAUUUGCCAUGAUUCAUGCCGAAAAUCCAUCCUCCACCAAGGUCGAUGUCUCCUUUUACGACAUGAUGAAACAAGGCGAUCCCAUCUCGGUCAAGGGCAAAAAGGGAAACAAGGAAAAGAGACUGCCGGCAAAACACCCCGAGUUGCACAAGGUCACCGUGCUCGAAGGACGACAGUGUACCGGUAUCUUUUGGAGUCCGGCCGGUUCCAACAUUAUCCUCGCCAGUUUGGGUGAUACUGCCAGUGGAACGUUGGAAUUUUACAAUGUGGACGAAGGGACUAUUGUCAUGAAGGAGCAUUACCGAGCCAAUCAAGUGGCGUGGGACCCUGCGGGUCGUACCCUUGCGACAGUGGUCAGUCAACCACUCGAGGGUGGACACUUCAAAUUCGCCAUGGACAAUGGAUACAUUCUGUGGAGUUUCCAAGGCAAGCAGCUCUAUCAACAAUCGUUCGAAGCCUUUUAUCAGUUUGUGUGGCGGCCUCGCGAAACGCUCCUUUCGAAAACGCAAGUGGAAGAAGUCCAAAAGAACUUGAAAAAGUACGAAAAGCAAUUCGACAAGGCCGACAAGGAACGUCAACGUGCACUGUAUUUGGAAGAAACCAAGGGAAAGCGUAUGGAGCGUGCCAAGUAUCGCGAAGUCUUGGCCCGCAACAAGGCCAUUCUCAAACGACGACGUACCGAGUACGUUGCGUUGCUGGAUGGAUACGACAGUGAUGAUGAUGCCAACUUUGAUAUUCGGGAUGUUCUUGUCGAGACGGUCUUGAGUACCAAGGAAGAGUUGGUCAUGUAGACACAAAGAGUGCACAAUCUACGGUUUAAAAAAUGCUACUUUUAGAUAGUCAGCACUAAGUUAGUUGCUGUUGUGUUGCCUUGUU